AUGCUGACAGCACGUAGUCUUUCAUACGUAUGUAGUCUUAAGAACGUAGUCCUUCAGAUAAAAGGGUUCAUUGCUUCUCCCGUUUAUGAUACAAACGUUUCAUACGCGUUCAUAUCCCAUUUAAAUUAUUUUUCUGAUUUAAUCACAGGAUGGGGAGUGUACAACUUUUUCAUCGUCGGAUUAUGCGGUUUGUGCUCGUUCGCUCAAGCCUGUAUGUUCCCAAUAAUCAUAGUUGCGGUACCGUUUAUGGUGUGCGACUUAGAUCUUAGUAUGCAGCAAACGACUUUCGCGUAUGCUUCGUUGACUUUAGGAAUGGCAAUAGGAGCGUUCGUAGUCGGAUUAUUUAUUGAUGCGUAUGGACGAAAGAGUGCGAUCCCUGUCACUAUGAUUCUUAUCUUUUGCGCCAGCAUCACCUUGUCCUUUGCACAAUCCAUCUUUGUAAUAAAUCUAUCCAUGUGCGCGCUCGGAGUAGGACUAGCUGGCAAUAACGUCGUUUUAAGGGUGUAUCUAAUCGAAUUUUUACCGAAGAAGCGGAGGGGCUGUUGCAUGGUAAUCCUGGAUUUAUUAGCAGUGAUCGGUUGCACGUGCAGUAUAGGUAAAAACAAUAUUUAUACCCCAUUCUUCUUAUUGUAUUAUAUUCUUCAGGUACAAAUGGCACAAUUAGAUAACUGCGUGCGAGCGGACGAUGAAGAGGAACCCUUGGAAUCGGACUUGAUCAAGGAGGUACAGAAAUUCUACCAGAAGUCACAGAAGCGCGUUGAAAAGUUGUUUGUCAAACAUAUGAAGUCAAAGACUUUCAUAGGGGUGUUUAUCAAUUUUCUCCAGUACCCCGGAUACGCUUGGUUUGCGCUCUGGUGCACGCAUCUGAUUCACGUGCAACAAUACAUAAACGACUCUCCGAUUAAAAAUACCACUUGCGUCGCGGAUAUGCAAGGUUUGGCGCUGGAAUAUUUACGCAACUGUAAAGAAAUAGGCACGGAACGUUUCAAGUUGCUUGUGUACUUGUGUCUCAGUUAUGUACUCGCGGAAUUUAUCUUGCUCAUGGGCGUCGAUGUCUUCAGCAGGAAGAAAUUUUUAGUGGUCUCGUCGGCGGCGGGAGCUAUAGGCUGCUUUAUUUUAUUAUUCACAGCUCGCACUUCGGUGCAGAUCUUGCUGUGCAUCGUGAUACUCGGGACUUACGCGGUUGCACGAACCACAGCCACAAUAAUAUUAUUAGAAAAUUAUUUUACUGGCGUAAGAGGCACAGUUAUGGGUUUAUCCAGGCUACUUCCGUAUUUGAUCGGAGGCUUCAGCAAAAUUUAUUUAAGCGUGCAUUGCGUUCCAAGUAUCUUCGCCAUGGGAGGAAUCUUAAUGGGUAAACCACUAUUUAAUAUUAGCUCGGUGCAAGAAUUCUUGCCUAAUUUAGAAUUAUACUCAUAA